AGGUGGCACUGAUAGGUGACACUGAAAGGCAGCUCAGAUGGGCACUGAUAUGUGGCAUUGAUGUCCACUCUAGGCACUGAUAUGUGGCAUUCAUGAGACACUGAUGGGCACUGGCAGGUGGCAUUGAUGGGCAAUGACAGCUGGCAUUGAUGGGCACGGACAGGUGGCACUGCUGGGGCUACACUGAUUAUCAGGGCACACUGAUCAUCAGUGCCCUGCGGCUCUUCUUUCGAGCUGUCAGCGUGACCGCUCGUGAGGAGAGAAAUGCCGAUAACCGGCAU